UCAAGUGGCAAGACCGUUAACUUCCCAAACAUGAAGACGAGCCUCGUUAUUUGCUUUGCUCUGUCGGUCAGUGUUCUCUCUAAUGGGCUCCAUGUGUUAGGCCCCUCUGGUCCUCUGGCUAUCCAACCUGGAGGCUCGGUGAUGCUGUCCUGUUAUGUUCAAACUCCCAUACCAGUGGAAGAGCUGGAAGUGGAGUGGAGGAGAACAGACUCUGAAACGAUUGUGCAUUUGUUCCAAGAUGGAGAGAGUCAACCAGAGUCUCAGGACCAGGCUUACCAUGAUAGGGCACACUUCUUUAUUGAGGACAUUGCCCGUGGAAACUUCUCUCUUUUACUUACAGAUGUGACCACUAAGGAUACAGGACUCUACAAGUGUGUUGUUUACAGAAACCAGGAAUCUAAUGAAACUUUGAUUGAAAUAAAGAUGAGUGUGUAUUUGACUGUGUCUGGAGGUCAUGUUGUUUCUGUGUAUGCGGGAGAGGACACCACUCUGAACUGCUCUGUACACUCCCACAUCCCUCCUGAGGAGCUUGAAGAAGUCUCAUGGAAGAAAAGGAAAACAGAUGAAGACAUGGUAGUGUUCCAAUUUAUAAAUGGUCAGACUGUGCCAGAGUCAAUCCAUGAAGCAUACAGAGACAGAGUUGAGCUCUUCAGCCGUGAGGAAAUCCACAAAGGAAACUUCUCGCUUAGGCUGAAGAACAUUCAGAUUGAAGACAAAGGCUUCUACAUAUGUGAAGUAUUCCAUGAAGACUUAUCAGCUAACACCACAGUGGAAGUACAGCAGCUGGGUUUUUCCAGUAUGCAUACAGGGGUGUUGUGUUUCUGUAUCCUGGCAUUUGUACUUCUACUUGUGCUAGGCUACGCAGCAUACACUUCUAUAAAAAAUAACAAAAACACCAAAUCAGACUUGGCUCUACAGUGCACAUUUGUCUGCUGUCCAACCAUUGCUUUGGCUGUUGCCUUCAUCCUUUGGGGUGUGACUGAGGGGUUUCUUGCUGAGGUGGCUACUUGCUCAGCUCUGAAUCUUUUAAGGAUUCUUUCCCUGCUUUGGGUUACUUCCCAUUUCAAGACAUUUCCAGAGAAUAUCAGAAGAUUUAUAAAAAAAACUGCAGUUUCUCAAGGAUAUGCUUUAAUAACUGCAGUGAUUUAUUCAGGUUUGGUUGUGCAUAACUGGCAUAAAUAUGAAGCCAUCCAGAGCACUAAUGAUAGUUUUUUUAUGGUGUUGUCUUGGCCAUCCCAGCUCUUUUUACUGCUUCUGCUGUUCUUCUUGAGCUUCCAUCAUAAAGGAUCCCCGAACAGCGCAUAUGCCUGUAUAUGCAUAAACAAUUUAUUUAGGAUAUUCAUGAUUAUGACUUGGUAUUCUUUGAAAAGUAUAGCCAAUUUUUUCCUGGGAUGUAUUUUGUUGCUGCCUCUAUGCUGGUUAGGUUUUCAGCAGGGGGUUCCAUUUUUGACCUGGAUAUCAGUUCUGUGUAUCUUGGAGUUCCUAAGUACAGUAAUAUCAGUCUAUCUUCAUAAUGAAUUAUUGGAAGGUGAUAAAGAACGUGUGGCAUUGACCUGCGCUACUACGUAUCUCCACAUUUUGUCUUUGACUGCAUGCUUUAAAUAUCUUGAUCAUUUAUGUGAAUCUAAUUCUAUCAGCACCAGGACUUGGCUAGUAAGGGGAUCUAAUUCUAAUCAUGAUGAGACACAGCGAAUGCAAGGAUCUAAUUCUAAUGACACUGAGACAGAACAAUCUCCAGGGCAAUUAUAUACAAUUGUAUACAUGCUUGGGGCAGUCGGGCUCAUUUGUGUGAACUCCAUCUCAUUAAUAGCAGAACUGAUCCUGAAAACACGACAUGGUGAACGCACACUGACGGAUCUGAGAGUGAUUCUUCUGCCAUCUGAAUGUGUCUUUGCCAUAUGCUGUCUUGCUUUAGCAAUAUCUGCAUUCUGUCUGCUCACCAGCUGAACUGAUGGCAUUGACCAGGGCCUGUCAUCUAUCCUGGGAUCAGGUUGUCACCAUGUAUACUGAUUCCUGUCAUGCGUUUGGGGUUGCUCAUAAUUUCGGUAAGAUUUGGCACUCCAGGGGGUGCUGCACCUCGGAUGGUAAGCCUAUUUCUAAUUCAGGAUUAGUGUCUGCACUUUUGUCUGCAUGUACACUACCAGCUCGGCUGACUGUCGAAAAGGUCAGGGGUCAGGACACGAUCUCUGGAUUUGACACAGACACUGGCAAUGCCUUGGCAGAUGAGGUUGCACUUUGGGCAGCUGUUAAUGCCCCCUCAUGCCCAUACACUGUAUCGUCGACAUGUGAAGCUGUCUCCAUGUUUUCUCAUUGCUCGGUGUCUACUGAUAUCGAUUUGCAUUUCUUAAAGACUCAGGGUACAUGACUGGACUGCUCUCAUUGGGCUGAUCAAAGAUGUAGUCAUGAUAAAAAUGGUCUAAUCUGUGACCCGGAGGGGUGUAUCGCCCUUCCUAUAUCUGUUUUGCCAUUUCUUGUGCGUCCUUUUCACAGG